CGGGAGUAUGGGGCUGAUAGGUCAACGUUCAACAGUGGAGUAUGCAUCAAGGGUUCGAAUUUAUUGUGAAGAAAAUGGAUCUUCAAGAACCGAAGAUAGUAAUAAUUGUGAAGAUGAAUAUAUUGAUUCUUCCGAAUAAUCCCUUUUAGUUAUCAAGGUAAACAGAGGAUUGGGGUUGGAGACACAAACAAACUAGGGUUUUUCUCUGCUUGUAAGGAGGCGGCGACUAAGAGUCUGAAUCGAGCGGUGAAUGACAUCGAAUGAAGAUGAAGAAAUUGGCAAUUAUUUUAUCUCCCAUGACUAAUGAUGGAAGCCCUGAUGAAGAGGGUAAUGGUGCUAAAGGUGUUGGUUUUUCUCAAUAUGCGAGUCCAAAGAAACGCAGCGGGGUUGCAACUGAUGGGGGUGUACAAGACUGUGAUGAUGGUUUUGCUAAGAUUGUGAAAAAAAGAAAAGGCGUCCGGAGUGCAAAUAUUGGAAAGGAGGAUGGUUUUGCUCCUAACAGUCAAGUCACUAAAAAACCCAUUGAAAACAACACUACUAUACAUACAACUCAGACACAUCACAGAAUGAGGAGGAUGGCGAGGACUCCGGUUACGAAAGGAUAUGGGUUGACAAAAAAAGCCAACAAACAUAUGAAACAUUCCUGACACUUUGUGAGCUUCAUGAGAAAGCGGGAGAGCCGGUUGAUAAAAAUGCAAUAUUUCUUCAGGCAGCAGGAGGGGUUGACAAGAAAAAGAGGGUGUAUGGAGUUGGUUCUUCGCAAAGUCUCUUCUAUAGGUCAAAGACUAUUCCUUGCAGUUCAUCUUUUGCCGAUGCAGAAAAUCAAAAAUUGCAGGAGGAGUUAAAAGUGAUGAAGGAGAAAAUGCUUUUGGAUAUAUUACUUUUGCUUACUAUCGGACGGGUUGAAAUAUUAGUACAACUCUCAUCCUAUUUUGGAUCAAUGAAGUGUUAAUUGUAUGAAAAAGUGUUGUGUUUUAUUUAGAUUUGCAUUUUUAUAGAUAUAGAAAUUGAGAAAUUUAUACUGUAAUAUAAUACCAUAAAUUUUAAUUUUAUAACGAAUUUAUGUCGGAUGUUUGGUUAA